CGCGCGUGCGCGUGCGCAUGGGCGCGUGCGGCCAACGCCGGCUCCUCCCAGGUUCUCCUGUAGUCCGCCUGCAAUGGCUAGCGUGGUCUCGCUAGCGGGUGCGGUGGGGCUGCUACUUAUGUCUGCGCUGCCCGAGGUCCUCGGAGACCGCUCCAGCCCCGACCGCCCGGCACACCCAGGAGACGCCGCCCAGGUCGGCCCCGAGGCCACAGAACUCCGGCGGCGGUCGCCGCCGCCCAAGGAUCAGCGCGACCCAGCUCGAGCCGGGGCGUUGCCCUUGGGGGCGCUGUACACCGCGGCCGUCGUGGCUUUUGUGCUGUACAAGUGUUUGCAGCAGGGGAAAGAUGAGGCUGCUGUUCUCCAAGAGGAGGCAGGCAAGAAGGAAUCAUUGCAGUCAGAGCAACAGCUGGUCCAGCUGACACAACAGCUGGCCCAGACAGAGCAACACCUGAAUAGUCUGAUGGCCCAGCUGGACCCCCUUUUUGAGCGUGUGACUACCCUGGCUGGAGCCCAGCAGGAGCUUCUGCACAUGAAGCUACAGACCAUCCACCAGCUGCUACAAGAGAACAAGCCAAACAAGGGUGUGGAGGUUCCAGAACCAGAGGCUCACAUACCCUUUUCUAAGAAGUUAUGUAUAGAGGAGGACGAAGAAGAGGCUGGUGACAGUCAGGCCCGGGACGAGCCCCUCAACUGGAGCACAGGGACAAGGAACCUAGCUACUCCCAGGGAAAUGGAGCAGGGCCUAAGGAGAAGAUGCAGGAAAGCUGCAGCAGAGGGCCCCAGUCACAGCCCCCACUGGGAGGGAGGGGCAACAGCUGAUGGUUUAGUAAAACAGAGUCUGUUCUUGUGACUGGA